AUGACGAAGUGGGAAAUCGGUUCUUUGCAGAAAUUACCCAAGAAGUUUACAAGGAGUUAUGGAGAUGGUUUGUCAAAUCCAGUGUUUAUCAAGCCUCCAGAUGGCACUGAAUGGAAAAUGUAUUGGACAAAACAGAACGAUGAGGUUUGGUUCGAAAAGGGUUGGAAAGAAUUCGUUGAAAAUUACUCUCUAGAUCAUGGUUAUUUGGUUUUGUUUAAAUAUGAAGGUACUUCACGGUUUGAUGUACUCAUACUUGACCAGAGUGCUCUAGAAAUAGACUAUCCUUCCAAUGACAAUUGUGACGAAAAGGAUGAUCAUAACCAGAGUGACGAUGAAUCAUUUAAAAUUUUGGGGGGAAUCCCUCAAAAAAAAAAGACCAGUCCAAAGUCACCACUGUUUUCUGCUCCAUCUCGUAAGAAAAUGAAAUAUGGGACUCAUAAGAAUAUGGAAAUUAGCUCCAAUAAGCAAAAGUUGCAUGCAGGUGAUGAAUCUGAUCAAGGGACAAAGUUUCAAAAAUCCGUCAAGCACCAACUGAAAGGUGUGAGAACUACUCAAAGAACUUCAUCGUCGAAUUGGCCCAAGGAAGAUAGAGCUCAGGAAGUAGCUAAAAAAUUCGUCUCAUACGAUCCUUUUUUCACGAUGUUCAUAAAGCCAGCUCAUCUGUCAGCUCAUGUAGUGAAUGUAACGAAGUUCGUAAAUAAUGAGAGCAAGGAGCAGAAUGUGAUAAUUCAGCUUGGGAAAAGAUCGUGGCCUGUGAAGUGGAUCAAUUACGGUACAUUUAACCGCUUCUCUUCUGGUUGGUCUUUGUUUGCAACAGAGAGUAAAUUGCGAGCUGGAGAUGUUUGCAUCUUUGAGCUGAUUGACAAACAAGUUCCUUUGUUGGAAGUUCAUGUUUUCUAA